ACUCUCUCUAACACUGAGUUCCUAUGAGGUCCUGUCAACAUGGUUGUAUCAGUGAUCUGUCUUAUCCUUAUUGGAAUUAACCACACACAGGCCAAGAUUGUGCAUGUGGACAUCGGCUUGACUGGCUGCUCUGACUCAGAUGGAGAGGACAUGUAUGUCCUGGAUGGGGAAGAGAUGGCCCAUGCUGACUGGGAGGCUAAACAGUAUGUGAUGACCAUGCCUGAGUUUGCUGAUCCAUAUCAGUAUGAGGAGGGUGCAUAUGAGAAUGCAGUUGCACAGAUGCAAGCCUGUAAAUCGAACCUGGACAUUGCCAUACGGGCUUACAAAAACCCAGCAGAGCCACAGGCUCCCCCAAUGAGCUCCAUCUACCCCAGAAAUGACGUGACGCUGGGCACUGCCAACACCCUCAUCUGUCUGGUCACUGGGUUCUACCCUCCCCACAUCAACGUGACCUGGACCAGGAACAAUAAGAAUGUGACCAUGGAGACGAGGAACAGCCAGCUUCGCAUGAAUGGUCAGGAUGGUUCCUUCACUCAGUUCUUCACCCUGCAGUUCACUCCAGAGGAGGGCGACAUCUACACCUGCACUGUGGAGCACUCAGCACUGGACAGGCCACUGACCAGAGAGUUCGAGGUUGAGGUUCCUCCAGAGGCCAGUGUGGGUCCGUCCGUGUUCUGUGGAGUGGGUCUGACCCUGGGACUGCUGGGAGUGGCUACCGGAACAUUCUUCCUUGUCAAGGGAAACCAGUGCAACUGAAAGUUUAUUUGUCUCAUUACUGUGCAUGAAUUAAGGUUUAUACAAACAUAUUUUGAAGGCACAAUAAAAGUCUACAAGAUUUCUAACCCUAUUACUUAAUCAUAUGCAGAAUGAAAAGUGAA